AUGGAGGAGCGGACGCUGCAGUACCUGGAUGGGAUUAUUAUUACCCUCAGGCAGGCGGGAAGCUAUGGGACGGCGGAAAUAUUGGAGCGGGCGAGAGAAGAAUUAGCUGGCGCUCAGUGGUGUGAAAUGACAGACAGCCUGCUGCAGGCCGUGCACGAUCCCAUCGUUCUCAAAUCAGCUUACGAACUGCAUGAAAAUGUGCUGAGAACAGUACGCAUGGAAAUGUCGCCUGUAGCGUACGUAAAGUUACUGCAUACAGUCUGUUUUAGUCCAAAUGUUUCAUUGCAAAUGGCGCUAGAACUCGUUGAUAACGCAGUAACUUCAUUAUCAAUAAACCCCUCUGAACAGGGGGGGAAUGCGGCCCGCUGUAUCCGUGCGCUUUUGCUCCUCGAUAGGCAGAACGGCUGUGAUCAUAUCAUUCCGCUGGAGGCGGCUGCGCAAGAAGCACACAACAUUCUUGAUUCUGUGGAAAAUUUUAUUCACUCGAAGCAGAUGCAUGAAGUGGACCCUGUCCUCACGGCGCUUCACUGUCAAGCCAGGGGAAAGGAUUACAAGAUGCGGCGGCAGUAUACACAAUACUACAAGAACGCUUUCGAAACCGUAAAGAGUGCGGAGCGCGCUGAGAUGGCCAUUCUUGAGAGUGAUAUGAUGACACUUGCCUAUGAUACAGCCAUAGCAGCGCUUCUGUCGGAGGAAAUACACAACUUUGGGAAGUUUCUCAAUUAUCAGUGUUUUACCGAACGGUUAGCCGCGAGCGCUGAGCACCUCUGGAUCCUCGAGUGGCUUCGUAUCUGCAACGACGGGAAGGUUGAGGAAUUCGAGCAGUAUGCUGAGACGCACCGCAGCCACAUUGAGUCGAACCCCGUACUGACUCGUGCACUCGCAUCUGUCGUGCACAAAGUGCGACUGAUGGCGCUUCUGCAUCUUGUCUUCUACACACCAUUCAAUGAACGAACCUUCGCCUUUGACCUGAUUGCACGGCGGUGCGCAGUGCCCCUAAAGCGUGUGGAACCACUUCUUCUUGCGGCGCUGGCCCAGGGAAUUAUCAUCGGCAAGAUCGACGGCCUUUCGGAGGAAGUGCAUAUUACGUGGGUGGAGCCGCGAGUUUUGAGCCUGCAGGAGGUAAAGGAGCUGGCUGAGCACGUGUCGCACUGGAAAAAAAAGGUUAUGGCACUCUCUCAAUCAGUGAUGGAGAUUACGCAGCAAACUCCCAACUAG